UCAUGUCCAGAGGGUUCUCAACAAAAUGGUGUAGUUGAACGCAAGAACCGACAUGUUUUUAAACUAACCAGAGCUAUCUUGUUCCAAUCUUCUAUAUUGAGUAGUUUUUUGCGAAAGUAGUGCAUACUGAAGUAUAUCUUAUUAAUUGUCAAAUUACUUCGAUGUUGGAUAAUUAGUAGGGAUGGCAAUGGGUCGGGUCGGGGGCGGAUAGUGCAUAUUCGUUACCCUACCCAAAAUAGUUCGGGUUUUACCUAUACCCAUACCCACAUGUGAAACGGGUAGAAAAUCAAACCAUGCCCAUACCCGUUCGGGUUUCGGGUAUUCAUGGUUUUUUUAUGGGUAAUAAUUUCUCUUCAUAACUCCAACCAAUAUGUUAACAUUCACACGUAUUCUCACAUUACGUAAGAGGAAAAGUACGACAAUAAUUCACUAGAAUGAAGAAAAUCAAUUAAAAUAACACAAUUUCAUGAAAAUAUUAUAUUUAUAUGCUAAAUAUAAAAUAUGUUGGAGAAAAAUAAUGAUUAUUUAUAGAUAAAAUACAUAUGCAUGUGUAUAAUCGGGCGGGUUCUAGUUGGAAAGUGAGAAACCCAUUCCCACCCAUUACCCGCAAUAUUCGGGUUCGGAUUUUACUCGUACCCACUAAAUAUCCUUCGGGUUCGGGUUUUACCUUACCCGAUUAGACCAGAUUCAGGCGGAUGUCCAUGUUUACAGAUAUUUUUUCCAUCCUAAUAAUUAGUCUCCUUAUCAACCUUUGUUCAUGAAGGUUUCGGAUUAUGACUCAUUGCGUGUCUUUGGCUCUAUUUGUUUUGUCUUACUUCCUAAAAAGGAGCAAACCAAGUUACAGCAUAAGACAGAUAGAUGUGUGUACAUUAGUUAUACUGACGACACAAGGGAUACUUGUUCUAUGAUCCUUUUGCUAGAACACUUUGUAUCUCUUGUCAUGUUUUUCUUCUUGAGCAAAUUAUGUUUUAUUGAACGACAUCAAAGGAGCAUACGUUCGCGGAUCUAAGCUUUUAACUCUUCUUGCAAUAUGAUUCCUUUUCACAACACGCGGUGGUAUCCAACCAUAAAGAGAAUGACAGACAUUUUCUUGUCACCCCACCUGGUACGCCUGGUUCGCCAUCACCGCUACUAUCUUCGUCAUCGCCUCUUCUUUGGGAUCAUCUUCAUCUUCCCCCAUCAUUCAUACCGCAACAUCAUCAUCCAAAGCAUCUCCAAGUUCAUCUUCUACAACCUCGUCUCAUCACUCAUCCUCGGGAGAUGGGCUAGCUCAAAAACUUAUCAACGUGCUAGUGCCCGUACCCAUUCUUCGCCGAUGGACUCGUGCUACGAUGGAGCAGCCACCUUCUACAACAGUACCCAUCCCAGCUAACUAUCAUGUAGCAAAGGGUUAUCCAAACUAGGAUCACACAAUGCAAGAAACGUUUCCCGUAAAAGCCAACAAGACUUGGGAUGUUGUUCCCAGCUGACAUGACUUGCCUAUCAUUGGUAGUCAUUGUGUGUUUACAAUAAAGUUGCAUCCUAAUGGAAUGUUGGAUCAUUAUAAGGCGCGUUUGGUAGCACAAGGUUUUCGUCAAGAGUUUGACUUAGAUUAUGAAGAACCUUCACUCCGGUGGUGAAGAUGUAGACAGUUUGGGGUUAUUUUUAGCUAUACUUGCUAUGUAGAAUUGCCUGCUCAUUCAACUAGACAUGAAGAAUGCUUUUCUGCAUGGUUUUCUUAAGGAGCAUAUUUACAUGGAGUGUCCCGCUGGUUACUCUAAGUGAGGGGCGGAUGUGAAAUGCAAGUUGCGAAGAUCAUUACAUGGAGUGUCUCGUUGGUUACUCUAAGUAAUGGCUGUUAAUAUUGAUGCAUGACAACAUCUUUGGUGACUAGGGCAACCUAUAAUGAUGACUAAGACGUGCAGUAGAGUUGUGUAGGGGUUCAAUUUUUCAACUAUUUUCUUACCAACUGCGACUUGGAUUGAUCACUUAUUUUUUACAUUCAUUUAUGCAUCUAGUUCAGGGGAUCAGAAUGAGAGAUAGAGCAUAUAGGUAGCCAUGUGAGAUUUGAGUCUGCUCGUUUCUUUCUUCUGUGAUAGAUCCCUCUUUCAUGAUGUGUAGCAUUCACGUUGCCACUAGUUAGGAUGAUAGAGGUAUAGGAUUAGUCCACGACCAAAUUGCAUGUCCUAGUGUGUCAUACCCCCUAGUUAGCCCAUCUGAGUCGUGUAACUUUCUUUCUUUGUGUCUACAUUGAAAAAUCACUUGUUUGCAUAUAUUUGAGGUUCCACAGAGUGAUUUUGGCAUGUUUUCUGCUGCUUCUGCUGGAAAUAAGAUGAGGGUUGGCGGUAGUUCUUAAAAUAUAUGCAUGGGUUUUGUAUAAUCUUUCGAAUGUAAGACCUCAUACUCUCGUUGAUGAAAGCUCAUCUAAGGACACCAAUCGACUCAAAGUUCAUAACAUACACAGAAUUUAGUGCUAUGAAAAUUUUAAGGACCCUAGUCAACUCAAAGUUUGGCUACGCCACUGGGCAUGAGUAUCUACUGCGAACCCGCCCUGCCUCGUGCCACCCCAGUCUUGGCUCAUUCUAUCUUAAUUUCUUGACCGGUGAAAAACCGUUUUGAAAAUACAAUAUUAUUCUUACAAUAUUUUAAUUUUAUUUUGAAAAAUAAGAUAAAAUAUAAAAUAAUAUUAGAAAUCCAACAAAAUCCAUUUUACUUUUCAUUUUUAAAAAUUUUAUUCAUAUUUUAUAUUAUAAAUUCUUUUUAAUAAUUUUACAUUUUUUCAGUUUAACAUUCCACUGUACUUUUAAAAAGUACUGCUUGGAUCCCGGGAAAGGCUUUCUACCAGGCUGACCCUCCCCUUGAUGGGGAAACUCCUGAGAUAAAGGUCAGUGCCCUGU